UAUUCAGUCGAGCUUUACUUAAAGAUGUUUUGGUUCAGUCGACUUUCUUUAGCUUUUUUGCUAGCUGUAUGCCUUCACAGCAAGUUUGCUGUAGGGAAUCACAAUACACCAUGGACUAGCAAUGAAAGAGCUGAUGCGUUUGUUAAAAGUUUUAUGACUUAUGCUGGAAGUUGUGGAGCGUUUUCGCAAGACCAAAUGGAGGAUAUGAGUUCUAUAGGAGAAACAAUGAUGGGAGCAAUGGGCGGAAUGAAAGGAAAUAUAACUCCCCACAAAAUGCAAGCUUUAAACACAGCCUUCGCAUCUGCUGUAGCAGAAAUUGCCGUAUCGGAUGCAAGCGGUCAGAAUGUUCGAGCGACUACUGAUGCCAUAGCAAGUGCUUUAGAUGCGGCAUUUUACGAAACAACAGGAAGCAGAAAUCCUGCUUUUGUUAAUGAAAUCCGUACUAUGAUCAGUAUGUUUGCCCAAGCAUCAGGAAAUGAUAGUGCCACUAGUACAGCAGCCGCUGCAGCAGCAGGUGGAUCAGGUGGACCAGGUGGAUACGGACCAGGUGGAUAUGGUCCAGGUGGUUAUGGACCCGGCGGAUCAGGUGACGCAGCCUCAGCAGCAGCCGCUGCAGCAGGUGGAUCAGGAGGCUCAGGAGGAUAUGGACCAGGUGGUUAUGGACCAGGUGGAUAUGGACCAGGAGGAUCAGGCGACGCAGCAGCAGCCGCUGCCGCAGCAGGUGGAUCUGGUGGACCAGGUGGAUACGGACCAGGUGGAUAUGGUCCAGGUGGUUAUGGACCCGGCGGAUCAGGUGACGCAGCCGCAGCAGCAGCCGCUGCAGCAGGUGGAUCAGGAGGUUCAGGUGGAUAUGGACCCGGUGGUUAUGGACCAGGUGAAUCAGGUGCCGCAGCAGCAUCCGCUGCAGCAUCGGCGAUUUCGUCUCCAGCAUCAACUUCUCGAAUUUCUUUUGUUGCGUCAAAAUUAGUGUCUGGAGGUACAGCUAAUGCUUCAAAUCUUUCAAAUACAAUUGGAACUGUAAUGUCUCAAGUAAGAGCUGGUAAUCCCGGAGCUUCUGAAUGUGAAGUUACUAUACAAGCACUCGUUGAAUUGAUCGCAGCUUUGAUUCAUAUUCUUGGUUCAGCUAGCAUUGGAAAUGUCAACUAUGGUUCUGCAGCACAAUCUGCUGCAGUAGUUAGUGAAUCAUUCCAAUCUGCAUUUCACUGAUUUAUAAUUUUUUCCUCUUUUUGUGUAUUCUAAUUCUUUUUGUUUUAAACAUUCUGUACCUAAAGGGAAAUCUAAAUUAUGUAAUAAAU